AUGGAUCCGUUGUCACCAGUAUGCCGUGAGCUGGCCUCGCCUGGCAUCUUCCAGCCUGUACUAUCUGUCCUGAUCAUCAUUGGCAUCCUUGUUUCCUAUCUACCCCAACAUAUUCGAAUAAUCAAACGACGAAGCUCCUUCGGCAUAUCACCUUAUUUUGUCCUACUCGGCACCACAUCUGGUACAUCUGCAUUUGCCAACAUUCUGGUCUUCCCAAAAACUGCUCAAGAAUUUGCUUGCUGCAAGGAGAUCGACGGGAUGGCCUGCUUCGCAGGGCUCCUGGGUGUUUUCCAAAUGGGAACACAGUGGUUAAGUUUCUUUUUUAUCCUCCUCCUCUUCGUAAUUUAUUUCCCCAGGGCUACCUCCCCCACUGAUCCAGUCGAAUCCGUUUCAUCAAACUCCAGUGGCCCGACUUACCGCACUGCUCUUUCAAUCACUGCGAUCUGCCUCUUCCAUGUACUUGUUACAUUGAUCCUGUCGGUGGCAUUCGCACUCCGCCAACCCGCCGCUCUCUCGGCGUGGGCGAACUUCCUCGGCAUCUUAGCUGCGGUUCUUGCCUCUAUUCAGUACUUCCCGCAGAUCUACACAACUCUCCGUUUGCGAUGUGUAGGAAGUUUGAGUAUUCCAAUGAUGUGCAUCCAGACACCUGGAAGUCUAGUCUGGGCUGCUAGUCUGGCGGCGCGUGAAGGACUCAAGGGCUGGAGUAUUUGGGGAGUAUUGGUGGUGACGGCUUGUUUGCAAGGUACGCUGUUGGUAAUGGCAAUCUAUUUCGAAUACUUUGCACCAGAUAGCAAACACAAGGGAAGCGUUGACGAGGACUCGGGUGUGCAGGAUGGUCCAUCAAAUGGGGCUGUGCCAUCGUCUGAGAGAACCGAGACACCGGGACGGGAGCCUGUGUCUGUGGAGUACCCUUCUGAAGAGACUCCACUGCUACAGAGUCGAUAA